UCCAGAUCCAAGGGUCAUGUGGAAGAUACCGAUCUACGCUCCACCUACUGCGAAGUUACAUGCAGCACGAAAAGCCCGUUUUCUUCUUCGAUUCGCAAAAGGCUGAAGCAUGGCUCGUCGCGUCGCAGUGAUCGGCGGAGGCAGCUCAGGUCUGGCCUGCAUCAAGUGCUGCCUGGAUGAAGGGCUGGAGCCCGUCUGCUUCGAAAGCAGCGACGACAUCGGCGGCUUGUGGAGGUUUAAGGAGAACCCAGAACCAGACAGGGCCAGUAUCUACCACUCUGUCAUCAUCAACACCUCCAAGGAGAUAAUGUGUUACAGUGACUUUCCCAUUCCUGCACACUUCCCAAACUACAUGCACAACUCCCUGAUCAUGGACUACUUUCGGAUGUAUGCUGAGCGCUUCCAGCUGAGCAAGCACGUACGCUUAAAUACCAAAGUGUUGCAGGUGAAGCAGAGAUCAGAUUUCUCUCACUCCGGCCAGUGGGAUGUUGAAACAGAGAACAAGGCCGGAAGAAAGGAGAGACACAUUUUUGAUGCUGUGAUGAUCUGCAUUGGACAUCACUGUCACCCACACCUGCCUCUGCAUGACUUCCCAGGCAUUGACACGUUCACGGGGAAGUACUUCCAUAGUCGAGACUACAAGACUCCAGAGGAGUGGAGGAAUAAAAAGGCUGUAGUGAUCGGAAUAGGAAACUCUGGAGGCGACAUCGCAGUGGAGCUGAGCAGAGUCACCAAACAGGUAUAUCUAAGCACACGAAGAGGGUCCUGGAUUCGAAACAGAGUCUCCGACAAUGGUCUACCUCUUGAUAUGAAUUACAGCAGAUUUCAGCUUUCUCUGCGACACAUUCUUCCCUUUGAGAUAAUAUGCGGCAUUGCAGAGAAACAGCUCAACCAGAGAUUUGAUCACAGUCUGUACAACCUGAAGCCAAAGCACAGGUUGUUCAGUCAACAUCCCACAGUGAACGAUGAGCUGCCCAACCGGAUCCUCUCUGGAACCGUUCAAGUGAAACCCAACAUUCGCAGAUUUCAGGGAUCCACUGUGGAAUUUGAUGAUGGAAGCAAAGUGGAGGAUGUUGACCUGGUGGUAUUUGCUACAGGAUACAGGUUUUCCUUUCCUUUCCUGACCUCCAACGUGGUUUCAGUGUCUGAGAACAAAACAGAUGUGUACAAGUACGUGUUUCCUCCUGAACUGGACCGGCCCACGCUUGCCAUUAUUGGACUGGUGCAGCCACUGGGAGCCAUCAUGCCCAUCUCUGAGAUGCAAGCCAGAUGGGCCACACGGGUCUUUAAAGGGUGCAUCAAACUUCCCUCAGCCGCCGCCAUGUUGAAGGACAUUCGCUACAAGCAGGAGACAAUGGCUAAAAGGUACGUCGCCAGUCAGAGACACACCAUCCAGGUGGACUUCGUCAGCUACAUGGAUGAGAUAGCAGAACUAGUGGGGGUUCGACCAAACAUCCCAAGACUGCUGCUGUCUGAUCCCAGGCUGGGCCUCAACGUGCUGUUCGGUCCCUGCACCCCAUAUCAGUACCGUCUGAGAGGGCCGGGGAAGUGGGCUGGGGCCCGUGAGGCCAUCCUCACUCAGUGGGAGAGGGUGGUUCAACCCAUGCAGACCAGGCCCUGUGACGAGCCCAAACCCAAGAGAUCCUUCACGUGGCUUCUGCUUCUGUCAGCUGCUUGUGUGGGUUUGGCUGCAUACGUUUACAGGAACAACCCACCAGGCUUCUUACAAGAUCCCACUGCACUGUUAGACAAGAUCAAACUGUACCUGCCUGGACAGUGAUAUCUAAUCUAAUCUAAUAAAAAAGUCUGCUGUGGUCAUGAUGUAGUACAUGGCUGACAUGAUAAUAGGGUUCACGCUAAUAAUUAAUACAAUUAUCAGAAUAUAUUAGGAUCACAUUACAGCUGACACAAACUUCACAUUUUGAAAAAUGAAAAUUUAAAAUAAAAAAAAAAUCCUGAUCUAAUCUAUUUCUGAUGUGGUUAUGACUGUAUAAUACAUGCUGAUAGGGUUAACACUAAUAAUGAUAAAUUUAGCUUUUAGAAUUAAAUUAAUGUUAUAUUGCCAAUAACCUUACCAAAUGUCAUGAUGUAAUUGAAAUUCUGAUGUGUCUGUAUAAUAAACUAAGAUUUUGUACAAACCUUUA